UUCGAAUUUUGCCAUCGUUGCAAAUAGAGAGGGAACGGAACAACAAAACGAUACGGCAUACGGAAUCAAAUCUAUAAUCACGUCCACUUCGACGCGAGCACCGGUGAUCGAAGAAGUGUGGAAGAGUGUGUGAAAAUCAAGUGAAAUAUAAUAUAUAAUUUGCGAGCCAUGGCACAGACCCUGGACGAUUUGCAGCUGCGACAGGAGCAUGCACGACAAUUGCGUCAGGCCUCGCGCUCCAAAUUUCGACGCAUCAACUCAUUGGAUCUCAUCCCCGAGGAUCCCAGUCAGGAUGAAUCGGAUGAGCCGCAUCAGCAUUUUGUCGCCCUGAGACGCCAACGUACCGCCGAUGGUAGUUUGUUGCAGCAUCGCCGCAGGGAGUCGAAUGCCAGCUCCACAUCCUCCACGGGCAGCUUGGGACGCACUCUGAGCUCCAGGGUGCAAAAGAUGUUGCUCUUCUGGCCACAACUGAUACUCAAUUUUAUGCUCACUGUGCUGCGGUAUUUGCUCUACAUACCCUUGUCGAUUGCUGCUCCAAGUUUUUGGCUCUCCGCUCUGCUCUGGAUCUUUUGGAAGGUGGUGCGUGUGCCAGUGGGCUUGGUCAAGUGGCUGUUAAGUGGUGACAAUGUGACCACUGCUCCUCAGCAUAAGCGCACUAUCCUUCUAAGCUGCGGCAGCACCAUACAGACCUUGCAUCUGGCCCGUAAUUUCUAUGCCUCGGGCGCACGUGUUGUGGUCUUUGAAUUCGAAGGACUCUUCGGACUGGCACGCUUUUCUACCGCCGUGGACAAGUUCUAUAUGGUGCCACGUCCGAGUAGCAGCAAUGUAGAGCAAUAUAUUGCCGCGCUCUGUCAUAUUGUGGGCAAGGAGAAGCCGGCCGUUUAUAUACCCGUCUGUGCCACCAGUCCGGCCUAUUACGAUGCUCUGGCGAAGCCGCAUCUUGAGUUGCUCGGCUGUUCCAGUUUCAUACCAAGUGUGCAGGAAACGGAGCAGCUGGACGAUUGCCUGCAGUUCUAUCAACGCUGCACUGCCCAUCAGAUUCCUUUGCCGCCGCAUUCCGUCGUCAGCUCGACGGAGCAACUGCAGCAGCUAUACGAUGGCGGCUUUAUUGGCAGCUACCGCAACAUCCUGAUCGCUGGCGGCAUGCAAGGCAUAUUGGAGCGGUACAAAUACAUCUUGCCCAAUCGCCGUUCAGAUCUCAAGUUUAAUCAGCACGAGAUUAGCGAACGACAGCAGUGGCUGGUGGUGCGAGAUCAGCCGGGUUAUCAUCACUAUGUCACCUGCACAACGGUGAAGGACUCACGUGUGGUGGCCAACGUUACCUGCCGCGUGGAGCAUCACACCAAGAAUCUGAUACCGGUACGACGUGGCACACGAACCGGCGGAGCAGCCUUGGCGGACGAUGAUGAGGCACAGAUCGAUAUCUGGCUGAGAGCGUUCUUUGCCAAGGUGCGUUUUCAACGCAGCAUUAACGGACACAUCAGUUUCCGGCUGGUCAAGUCCAUGGCCCACAAUGGCCAGUUCGUGCCGCUGGGUGUACGACUGGGCGUGGCCCUACCCUACAUUUGCUUCAAUCGUUCCCAUGCUCAGGUCCUUUGCCGAGCCAUGAAAUGCAUACACAAGCGCAGCCUGGAGGAUGACUCCACGCUGGCGGCUUUGGGUCAGAGCUGGAGUUGGUCCACAUUGGAGCGCACAACGACUACGGCGGCGUUGGACAAGCGGGAGGCACUCUUUGCCUACUUCGAUCCCCUGCCCUAUUGUGCUUACUAUCAUUUCCAGUUGCCUUUGGAUUCGGUUAAGCUUUUUUUGCAGCGACGAAAUCGCGCAACGACCAAAAGUUUAUCGCCCCGCAUCACUGUACCGGUUCAUUGAACGGACAACUGCACGGCGCCUGCGGCGAGGCAACAACAACAUCAACAACAAUUAUAACAACCACAAUUAAAUAAAAAAGAAGAACAACAAGAGCAACUACAGCGGCAGGCCGCAGAUUAGCGCGAUUAAGAUGAAGACGAAGAAGAAUAUCGGCACAAUCCAACCAAGAGCCAAGUCCAAAAGCGACGCGAGAGAGAUUACACAGACUGAUCAAUAAUAAUGGAAAAACAUUUUUAUAUACAUAUAUUGUUUACUUUUUUGUUUACUUAGGAGCUGCGCGCACGCACCAAAUGGGGUUCAACAUCAUCAUCUAUCAAAUAUAAUUGAUUAAGUUAGUAUAGGUUAAAUGCGUAUGAAUUUAA